CUUCAGAACCUUUUCUCCUUCCUUAAUCCACCAUCAGAACCAGAUCUCCUUCCUUAAUCCACCAUCAGAACCUUUUCUUCUUCCUUAAUCCACCAUCAGAACCUGUUGUCCUUCCUUAAUCCACCAUCAGAACCGGUUCUCCUUCCUUAAUCCACCAUCAGAACCUUUUCUCCUUCCUUAAUCCACCAUCAGAACCGGUUCUCCUUCCUUAAUCCACCAUCAGAACCUCUGAGCGGGCCGAACCAGAACAGACGGUGCUUCAGAGGACUAGAUGAACCACAGAGCUGAGGAGAAGCAGCUUGCUGGACAUCUUCAGCUGCAGGAGGCCGGGUUGUGGUAGAAGCGGGUUCUGAUUGGACUCUGUGGGCCCGGCUGGUUCUCCUGGUACCAUGUGGUGCUGCAGCUGAUCCUUUUAUCUCCUCAGCCGACCCGCGGCUCUCAGCCUCUAACAGGAUUAGUGCCUCAGGGCUUCCUGCAGCAGCGAUGAUGGCUCGGUUCGGACGGGUCCGGGAGGUUCUGAGGCUGCUGCUGACGGUCGGGCCGGUGCUGGUUCUGGCCGGGGUCCGGCUGCCGGUGCCGGUGCUGUGGAUGGUGCCGGUCGGCUCUGGUUCUGGGAGGCAGAACCUGACAGCCGGCGUGGCUCCGGCCGUCAGACUGGCUCUGCAGGACCUGCAGAGACAAGCGGCUCCGCUGGGGAACCAUGAGGUCCAGCUGCAGCUGCUGGACUCCCAGUGUGACACAGCUGAGGCCCUCAAAGCCCUGUUUGACACCUUGUGGGCGGGGCCCAGGUACCUGCUGCUGCUGGGAGGGGCGUGUCCACCUGUGACGGCACUCCUCGCGCGCUCUCUGCCGGCUCUCAACCUGCUGCAGGUGUCUUUUGAGGCUCCGCCCCCCAACCUGUCCAACCGGAAGUGGUACGGCCACCUGUUCAGCACGGCGCCGUCGGCCCGACAGGUGAACCUGGCUGCGGUGAGGCUGCUGCAGCGCUACAGGUGGAGGAGGAUCGGGCUGCUGACGCAGGACAGAGCAGAGCUGACUGAGAUGAGGAAGGAUCUGAGCCGGCAGCUGCUAAAGACCGACAUCGAGCUCGCCGCCUCAGAAAGCUUCUCUGAGGACGCCUGCAGCAGCUUGAAGAGGCUGAAGGAUGAAGAUGUCCGCAUCAUCGUUGCACAGCUGGAGGACGGUUCUGUGACGGAGGUGUUCUGCUGCGCCUACAGACUGGACCUGUUCGGACCUCGGUACCAGUGGAUCGUAGCAGCAGGAGGACCGUCUGGAUGGCGGCUGGGAUGGCGGCCCUCGGCGUGCUCCGCUAACAGUCUGCUGACGGCCGCAGACGGUUCCUUCAGGCUGCAGGUCCGACAGCUCAGCGCCGCCAACACACCUGGAGUCUCUGGACGGACGGCUCAGAACUACCUGGAGACGUACCUGGCCCAGGAGGGGUCAGGGGUCAGCCCCCUCCACGCCUUCGCCUACGACGCCGUUUGGGUCGGCGCCAGAGCUCUGGUUCAGGUGACGGAGGCGGCGAAGCUCAGCGGCCGGCCCGGUUCUCCGAGGAACGUCAGCGAGGAAGAGGAGCUGAAGAUGCUGCUGGAGGCUGUGAGGAACACGCAGUUUGAAGGCGUGACGGGUCCGGUUUCCUUUCGUAACGGGGAGAGGAUGACGGUGAUCGAGCUGGUCCAGUUCCAGGGUGAGGCCUCCUGUUCUGGACCCGGUUCUGGCCUGGUCCAGAAGCUGAGCUCUGGUUCUGUGUCCCCAGGAGACAGCGGCGUGUUGGUGGGAGAGUUCAGCACCACCAGCCAGCAGGUCCGAAUCCGGGACCAGCUGCUGAGAUUCAAAGGUCCAGGACCGGCCAAAGACCGGACUCAGGUCCAUCUGCGGCGCCGUCACGUCAGCCUGGUUCUGUACGCCGUCGUCUCAUCAGCUGCUGCCGGAACCAUCUUCAUCACCCUGGUCCUGCUCUGCGUGGUCAUCUUCAGCCACAGACGCUGGCUGCUGAGGUCCGGAGGUUCUUCCAUGGACGAGCUGCUCCUGCUGGGCCUCCUGCUGUCUUCCUCAUCGGUCCUCUGCUCCGGGCUGGACAGAACCUCGCUGCCGGACCGGACGCUGGAGGUCCUCUGCUCUGUCCGUCUGUGGACGCUGUCGCUGGGUCACACCGCGGGCUUCACUGCCCUCUUCACCAACACCUGGAAGGUGUACUCUCUGUGCCGCGUCGAGCCCGAGCAUCAGACCCACCUGCAGCAAACCGGCCGCCUCCAGCUCUGGAUCCUCCUGCUGGACCUGUUUGUUCUGACCUCCUGGCAGAUCCUGGACCCGCUCCGAUGGCUGGUUCUCCAGCACGGCUCGGAGGAAUACCUGGCGGAGCAGGACGUCGUCAUCCGCCCGUGUUCUGAAGGAUGCAGCAGCACCAAGCUGGACCUGUGGCUCACGGCCGUCUACGCGUACAAAGCUCCUCUGCUGGGUCUGGGCUGCUUCCUGGCCUGGAACAUCAGGGCUGCUGUCAGCGGUAAACUUCUCGCUCUCAGCAUGUUCUCUCUGGCGGCGUUCAGCGCGGCCGCAGCGUCGGCGGCGCUGCUGCUGUCCGGCCGGCCCGCCGUUAGCUUCUGUCUCUGCAGCAUCCUCAUCCUCAGCUGCAACAUCUUCAUCCUCACUGGCCUGUUUGGGCCCCAGAUCUACUGCAUGCUGUGGAGCAGCGCUGGGCUUCAGCAGACCUCAGAGCUGCAGGAUAAAGCUGCAGGGGGAGAAGGUGUGGACCGGCUGACCAGGUUCAAUCAGGACCUCAGGAGUCAGAGUGCUCAGCUGGAUGUUCAGAUUGAAACCAUCAGCAUGGAGCUCUCUGAGAUGCUUCAGGAGGAAACGGGAGGCAGACUCGGUAACGUCCUGACGUCAGCUCAUGAAGCUCUGGUCUGUGAGGAGAAACCUUCAGGUGUGGACAACAUCAACUCCCCGGAGCACGUCCGGCGCCGUCUGUCCUUCCAGCUGCCCAUCCUCCAUCACGCCUACCUUCCCGUCAUCGGAGGCGUCAGCUCCAGCAGCUCCAGCCUGUUCAGCACCCCCCAUCAGCCGGACCACCUGCUGCACACCUGAGGACAGGAAGCUGCGGGGACGCCAGCAGGAAGGAGAACCACCAGAUGAGCUCUGCUGGUUACCGUGAACAUUUGCCCUAACGAUCCCCUGAGUCUGAUUGGCAGGAACGUUUAUCCUUAACCUUCAGCUUUGGUCCAUUCUCACAUGGAUAUUUUGCCACAUGGGUUUUAUUUUUUUAUUUUGUGCUGUUGGACCUCCUGCCUGCGAGCGAGCGGAGUUUCCUCUCAGAAAACAUUUUAGAUUCUGUGUUCUGAUGUGUUAUGGUGAGGCCCUGCUGCUAGAACCCAGACCCCCACUGUAGGCCUCCCACAUGUUGUCCUGGUUCUGUUUCCAUUAAACCCAUCGGGUCCGGAUCGAAUGUUUACCAGAACCUAAGUUCCUGGUUCCUGAUCUUCUGCAGAGAACCCGUCUGUAGGUGAAGCCGUGGAGCGGCUCUGGUUAAAGCUUCAUUUUUAUGUUGCUCUCUGCUGUUAAUAAUAAUAAUAAUAAUAAUAAUAAUAAUAAUAAUAGUAAGGAAUAGAUUUCAGGUCCAGGAGUCAGGGAGCGGUUCUGAACCUGCAGCAGGAAACGCUGGAGGUGACAUUUCCAAACCAGAUGGUUGGUGAAUGGAGACAAAAUGAGACAACAUCACCUUUGUUACCCCUGUUAACCCUGUUAACCCUGUUAACGUGUUAACCUGUUAACCUGUUACCCCGUUACACCU